AUGGCUUUUGGUACGAUUGCCUGCACUAUUGCACUUCAAUCGGAAUACUCUAUUGAAUGUUUAGAUUGGCCUGCUGAAACACCCACUGAAGACGACAAAUUCCCCGUCAUCCGGGGAGAACUAAGGAAGCAAUUCAUUUAUCUCCGAUCGUUCCCCCCUAAGAAGGAAGCACGGUUCCUCAACGGCGACUUGUCAGAGGGAAUUAUUGACACCAUACCUGAAGGUCUUACGGUGAGAACUCUGCAGAAUGUGUUUCUAUACGUAGAUGGUAAUUCUGCAGCGUCUAUCCAGGAGAACCGUUUGGCGGAUGGCUUCUGGAUCUGGGCUAUCGAUCCGGACUACGUGGAAGAUACUGAAACUCAAAGUUCCAGCGGAUACAAAGGUUACCUACGUGUUCGCCUGCAGCGGUUUGUUAACAAUUUUUACGUCGCUCGGCGUCGGCAUGCCGAUGAGGUCUCUUUGGAAGACUGGUGGAAGGCGGCGCAGAAGGAUCCGCACAAUGGAUCUUUUGUUUCAUUGGAAGAUGAGGAGAUAGAUAUCUGCGCAGGAUUCAACCUGGGAAGUUGCAAUUGCUGUUCGAUCCCAAAACCCGCUGAGAGUGACCUGCCCGGCACCCCCAUAGUUAAUUAA